UUUCUGUCAUUAUACCGCUGGACGUGGUAGUAAACGAGUCAAAGUUAACAGCUAUAGCCUUGUGACUGGUAAUUUUUCACCAGUGGAAAAGAGCGCAGCAUUAAAAACUUUUUUUUUGUAACAAGACAACAGAUCAGACGCAAUGAGGUUGCAAGUUACUGCCUUGCUACUUUUCUGCCUGGGCCCGUGGAUUCAUACCGCUCGAUCGGUUUCCGCUGUGUUCAGUACCCCAUAUCCGGAAGACCAGGAUUUUUCUGGAGAUGAAAUAGACCUCUCAGGAUCUGGAUCUGGAUCUGGAGAUGACGUACUCAAUGGGUCAGACUUCUCUGAACCCUUUACGAUCAGCACAGCUCCACCAGCUGUCAAAACCACAGAAGCUUCCCCGACGGAAAAACGGGAGGUUAUUCCAGCUGCGGCCUCAGAGGCAAGCUCCUCUGUGUCCCCAAUCACCACCGCUGCAGCCAGCACUGAAGCCACUCGUCCAGUCCCGACAACCCCAAGCGAUGAUGAGGUGCUGCCAGAGGUCCCCCAGCAUGUGCCAGAGGAGACCACCUCAACCAAUCCAACCACCGCUGACCGGGUGGCCACACCCCCUCCUGCUGAGAUCACUUCUGCUCCAUCAGAGACCAUGCCUGGUCCUGUAGAGACCAUCCACGGGCUGGGCACUACGCAGAUGUCCCCUGCCACUAUGCAGACGUCCCCUGCCACUACACAGACGGCUCCUGCCACAACCACCAUCCCUGUUGUGCCCGUCGAAGACGAUGACAUCACUACCACCGAGAACGCCGAUGUUCUUCUGACCACAACCCCUGCGGCUGAGAGUGACCCCACUCAGGAGGACAUGGCAUCUGGGGACGGCAUCAUUGCGUUCUCCACCACCUCACCUCUCGCACCAGAGGCCAUGGAGCCCACACUUAACUUUGUGGAGGAAGACAUCAUCGUCCCAGGAAGGGAGACCCGUGUGGAGAAGGGCAUAUCUGAUGACUCUGAUCUGACCUUUGACUCCGAUGUAAAAACAAGGACAGCAGCCAAUACAGAGCUGCACCUGGGCAAAUCUUCAGAGAACCAGAGCCUGCUGGAGCGCAAGGAGGUCCUGGGAGGUGUCAUCGCCGGAGGUGUGGUAGGCCUGGCCUUCGCCAUUAUGCUGGUGUCCCUCAUGGUGUACAGGAUGAAGAAGAAGGACGAGGGCAGCUAUUCGCUGGAUGAACAGAAGCACUCCAAUGGAGGGUACCAGAAACCACAGAGGCAGGAGGAGUUUCUGGCCUAGGCCCCACCCCCCCACCCCCCACGGACGCUUACAUUCUGUCACCUCCCUCCCUCUACCUGAAACCUUCACCUUUCUUUUCUCUGCCAGGGUGGAUCCAUCACAUGAGAUUCUUUUGUUGCUGUUGCUUGUGGUAAAACCCCCUUUGCUCUUGUUCCAAAGUAUGUGCCUCAGCACUUUUGGAAUUAGACUUUAAUUGCUGGGAUUGAGGUAGCAGGAAAGUAUCCCAUUUGCGCCAAAUGACCUGGAUAUUCAUUCACAUUAUGGAUUGCGAUUUCUCGCUGGCAGGCGCUUUUGGGCUUUCAGUGACAGUUUUAUGUUCUUGGGGCUGCCUCGAACAAAAGGAAGCGACACUUUUUGUAGGUUUUUCGCACUACUUUUCUUCUGUUGCUCUAAAGCGGGAUGGUAGUCUGACCUCAUUCCAAACUGAUGUUAAUUUGUGAUGGAUUGAGCAGCAAUUUAUGAUCUCUUUUUUGUAUGUGUGUGUUAAGAUGUUCAAGACUUGCUGCCAUGGGGAUUCUGGUAUGAAUGCCAUGACAGUCAAAAAGGCAUAUUUCAGUAGUGAUCUUGUGAGUGAGAAGACUAAUGGUGGAUGUUGCAGAUGGGGAUUUCCUGUGCGGUCUCAUGUUGAUGUUCUGCAUCUUUUAUCUACACUGUGCCUUUGUGUGUGCUCUUGUGUUAUACACUUUGCCUGAUAUCUCAAGGAGAAAGCCCCUGUCUCUCUCUCUCUCUCUCUCUCUCUCUCUCUCUCUCUCU